CACGCCUGGGAGUAGCUGUGGAAGAGCUUGACGAAAAUGCUGCGUUUGGUGGCUGGGCUGCUGGCGGGCGCGGUGGUGACGGUGACGGUGUUGGUGGAUCGGUAUCAGAUGUGCAUAUCAGUAGGUUUCUGAGUCCCAGUAGAGCUUCUGAUUUUGAGAAGUUCUGUAAGGAAACAAUUCCCAUAAUUCAACCUGCUCUUACUUUGGUAACAGGUGACUUGACUGAUUCCAAAACAAAGCAUAAACUUGGAUCUGAUCAGUUUGAAGUGGAGUGGCAAACUUACCAGACAAUCCUAAAAAGAUCUAAGGUCAUGGAAAAAACCAAGUGGAUAGAUAUAAAAGGAAAUCAUGAUACAUUCAACGUUCCUAGCCUGGAGAGUGUUCGCAAUUACUACAGGCAAUAUUCUGCAUGGAAGAAAGAUGGCUCCUUCCAUUACGUUCAUAGCACACCUUUUGGAAAAUAUUCUUUCAUUUGUGUGGAUGCAAGUCCUAGUCCAGGUCCCAAGAGACCCUACAAUUUCUAUGGGAUAUUAAAUGCGAAUAAAAUAGAAGAGUUGUCUGCACUGAUCUCAGAAAGUCAUGACAGUAACCAUACAAUUUUGUUUGGUCACUAUCCUACCUCAUCAAUCAUCUCUGCAUCUCCAGGAAUACGAGCAACCAUGCGUUUUGCCCUAGUGUAUUUGUGUGGGCAUUUCCAUACAUUGAAUGGCCUGGUGCCUGUCCUUCAUACUCGUCAUCCUGAUGGCACUUUAGAACUGGAGUUGGGAGACUGGAUGGAUAAUAGGAAGUACCGGAUUCUUGCUUUUGAUCAUGAUCUCUUCAGUUUUGCUGACUUGAAGUUUGAAGAAUGGCCUGUAGUUCUUGUCACCAAUCCUAAAUCAUACCUUUAUAGUAGCUAUGCUCAUGAACCACUACAGAGAAUCCUUCAUUCUACCCAUAUUAGAAUUUUAGCCUUCUCUCCUUCUCCUAUCAAGUCUGUCAAGGUCAUGAUUGAUGAAGUUUAUCUUGGAGAUGCUGUUCAGGUGUCUGGACCUCUCUAUGUUUUGAAAUGGGCACCCCAAAACUACAGUCAAGGAUUUCAUCAGAUAGCUGUGACUGCUCAGGAUAUCAGUGGUAAAAGUGCUACUCAGCUUCAUACGUUUGCUAUGCAGGAAAAUCUUUCCCUUAAAUUUGGUCUUUUCGCAUCUUGGCUUCUUCUUACUGACCACUAUAUAUGGGUACGAACACUCUUUUUGUUAACAGUUAUGUUUCAAGUCGCUUUGCUGAUUAUUUUCCGGUUUCGAAAAAAACCUACACUUAAAAAUCCUCUUGGUGUGGCAGUACGAACCUUUUUUUCUCUUCACAUCCUGAGCAAAACAGAUUUUUUCUUCUACUCAUUUCUGGUGCUGAGUUUGUAUACUCUUGUAGGACCCUGGUUUGUUGGUGAGCUUAUCGAGGGUCAUAUGGGCCUCUGCUUUUCCUUUGGGUUAAUUAUUAAUGGCCAUUUCUUUGAAGGCAGCUCCACCUUCCUUGUUGGAAUUUCACAGGUGUUGUUUUUCAAUCUACCAUUGAUGGCAUACACAUGUUGGUGUCUGUUGCUGCGUUGCCAAGGCCACUGUUUUCAUUCUCAUCUGUAUCGUAUCAAACCAUAUUGGACUGUGCCUAUCUAUUUAAUCCUGUCACUUCUAUUUUUCUGGCAAGUCUUUUCCUGCUACUUCCUGCUGCAGACAUACGGAACUCUUUCUUUUUUUCUCUCUCCAUUGAAAACUUGGACUGCUGGGCUAACCCUCUUUCUGGUCUACAGAAUUUGGGCAAUGGAAUCUAUUGUGCUGAGAACCUUUAUUGUAGAUAUGAAGAACUACCAGACUUCCUAAUGGUUCCUUUUUUCAGGAGCCUUAAGUACACAUCCACUUAAAUUGUUAACUGGCAAAGCUGUGAGCUACUUCAGGUUUGUAUGUCUAAUGUUCUGGCUGCAUAGACAAUUUAUUAAGGUUUUGGACUGCCACGAAACCUCUUUUGUGCUGCUCUAUAAUAGGACUUUUACAAAGAAGUUAUACUAAUUGACUCAGGGACCGCUUUCUUAUUAUACUUAUUAAUAGACACUGGUUUUGAAUUUGUACUGUUUUAAUGCUAAACAAAAUUUAUGAAUGAACUAUUGUAAUGUUUUGUGAUUUUUUCUACGUUCUUGUCUUUAUUUAUGAGAUGAUUUACCGAAACAUGGAAUACUUGCAUUUUGGUCAAUAGUAACUUAUUCAACCACAAUAGAAGGCCCAUUAAGUCAUGUCAUAUCACCUAUGCUCACUUCCUUUUCAAACAGAGACGUUUCCCCAACUCCAGCCUCCAUUUUUUAAAAUGCUUUUCAAGCUCUCCUGUGUUUAAAAAAAAAGCUGUUCUGUAGUCUUCAAAAAAUUGUUUAUAUAUAUUGUACUGUGACAGAUUUCAUUACAAGAAAAAGUGAUAUAAUUGCUUUGGGUAUUAUUUUUAACAGAUUAGAGUCCAGAAUUUCAGGGUUGUUAACAUGAUGCCCAAAUGACAGCAGUGGAGGUGCCUGUUAAGACUCAUAAUCAGAGUUAAUGCGAGGCAUGCCGUUGCUUCAGAAAGCCCCUCUCUGCUUACCAUCUGUCUUCGGAGUCAAAGUAUGCUGUGCAAACUUGGCUAUAUGGCUUAUAAACUAAAUUAAAAUCAAAAUCUUUGAUUUUGGUGUAGUGUAUUAUGUGAACAAAGUGUUUUCAAUAAACAAUGCUUAAAGAAAUUAUAAAUGUAAAGCCCAUGACAUAGUAUGAUAUAUGAAUUCAGAUGGAAAUGAAAAUGCCCGCUUGCGUAUGGAAGAUAGUCUUAUUUCAAAUUCCUGGUGGCUUCCCCUAGUAGUUUCAGGUAGGUAGGAAUCCACUAAAAUACACAUAAUUUCUUGUAAAGCUUUCUGGAUUAGUGCCAGUAUUAACAUUUUAUAUGUAUUACUUAACGGAUCACUGUUGCCUAUUAGCAACCUGUUGCUGUGGAAUAGUGUUGAUUUACUUGGUUUCAUGGAUGUUACCCUGAAUGAAAUCACAGAUUAAAAUAUACAGUGUUCUUUACUGACGUCAUACAGGGACUGAGAUAAUCAGUAAAAAGAAUAGAAUAGAAUGUGCUGCAUCUUAUUAAAAAAUGAAUGUGAAAAAUAUCGUUACUUAAGUGCAUGCUGUACUUACUUGAAAAUGACUCAAGUACAGUACUUACAUGAACACCUACUGAAAAUGGCUACACCCUGUAAAAGUCUCCCCUCCUCACUUAUCCUGUGCCACAUCAAUAACUGACCUGAUGUUUUUCAGCUUCCAGGAUUCACAGCUUAUGACUAGGAUGGGUGUGGCUGACGGGACAAGUCACCGCAUUUGUGUAUGUUUACUGAAAAUAAUCCAAGAGACAUAGUUAUAAGACUCUCUCUGUAUCUUGCACUUCAUAUGGCUGGAACUAUAUAUAUGUAUUGUAUAAGAAUGUGCCUCACCCAUUUUUUGUUUUCUUCCAAUAGACAUGCUGUAAAGAUACAAAUACUGCCUCUGGUUUAUAUCCUGUUUGCUUAAUAGCAUGUAUGGGCGGGGACUGCAUAUACAUUGUGCUUUUAUUAUUUUCUUCAAAAUCUUUUCAGAUUUCAAUAACUGUCAUCUGUAAUAAAAUGCUUUCAUGUACCGUU